AUGAAUUUUGAAGAUGACGAUGAUAUUGUUAUACCAGGAGAGUUCUUAGGUUUACAAGCUGAAUAUAUAAACGGUAAUAAUACAUAUUUAUUAAAAGAUGAAAUAAGAUCAAGUAUACUUGGUCAAAAAAUUAUAAAUAAAAAUAAUGACAAGAAAACAAUUAUAAGUGUAUAUAAUUUGAAACCACCUUCUUUAUAUCUUCCCAAAAUAGGGGAUAUAGUAAUAUGUAAAGUACAACGUGUAUCAUUCCAUAUGAUAUAUUGUUAUAUUCUUUCAUCACAUAAUAUAUUUACAAAAAACGCAUUAAAAGGAUUUAUAUUAAAAAGUGAUAUACAUAUAAAUGAAGGAGAGUUAGGCGAUAAUUUUAUAUGCUUUAAACAAGGAGAUAUAAUAAAAGCUAAAGUUUUGUCCAUAGGACAAUAUUCAUCUUAUAAAUUAUCGACGGUUGGUUCAGAACUAGGAGUCAUAGCAGCAUUUAACCAAAAGGGCGAAAUAUUAAGACCAGUCGCUUGGAACCUCGUAUUAAACAUAAAUGACAUGACCUUUGAAAGAAGAAAAGCUUCAAACGAUUUUUCUCUCCUCCUUUAA